CAUUUACAGAACUUCCAUCAGAAGUUUUAUCUAAUUGUGGUGUCAAUGCAGUGGAAGAACGAAAAUAUGAACGUAAUUUCAAUUUCAGAGAUUUCGAUUUUGAAGAGUUCAGCACUAUUAUCACAAUUCGUAUGACUGAGGAGAAUAAGCGGUUAAGUCAGGGGUAUGAUCGAUAUGCUGCUGUGCCAUUGGUGAUGGAAAAAACGAUUGAAUGCGUUCAUUAG